CGAACCCCUCCUUCAUCGGCCGACCCUUUUUUUUUAUUCUCUUGGACAAAUUCUAGGCCGCAAGCCUUCCAACGCAACCAGGGAGCUCUACGCAUACAAUUCAGCCAGCAACUCUUGGGGCGAUUUUCUUUCGUUCCCUUUCCCCCUAGUCAGACCUUCCAGGCACCUACCUCCCUGGCACCAUGGCGCCGGCAGCGGACGCGCAAGCACCACCACCACCACCACCACCAACAGCCGGGGUGGACCCCACCAUCGCGUCGCUGCGCAAGACGCUGUGCGCCGAGGACGGCCAGCUCGCGCUCCGGUUCCGCGCGCUCUUCUCGCUCAAGCACAUGGCCAGGCACGCGGGGGACGACGAGGCGACGGCGCGCGCGGCCGUCGACGCCAUCGCGGCCGCCUUCGCGUCGCCCUCGGCCCUGCUCAAGCACGAGCUCGCCUACUGCCUGGGCCAGACGGGCCUGCCCGCGGCCGAGCCCCACCUCGUGGCCGUGCUCGAGGACCUGGGCGAGGACCCCAUGUGCAGGCACGAGGCGGCCGAGGCCCUCGGCGCCCUCGGGAACACGAGCAGCCUCGACGUCCUGCGCCGCUUCCGAGUCAGGCCCGACGAGCAGGUCGUCGUGACGGAGACGUGCGAGAUCGCCAUCGACAGGAUAAACUGGGAAAACUCGGAGGAGCGGAAAAAGGAGAAGCUCAAGCAGAGCGAUUUCGCCUCCGUUGAUCCCGCUCCUCCCAUGGCGCAACAAGCCGACGAGAACGUGCAGAAGCUGGGUGAGACCCUCAUGGACACAUCAAAGCCGCUCUUCCAACGAUACCGCGCCAUGUUUGCUCUGCGAGACCUAGCUUCUCCCCCCGACCUCCCAACGGCCGUGCCUGCGGUCCUGGCUCUCGCCCGCGGGCUCGAAGACGAGUCCGCGCUGUUCCGCCACGAAAUCGCGUUUGUGUUUGGGCAGCUAUCCCACCCAGCCUCUAUCCCCGCGCUAACCGCGGCGCUAAGCAACGUCGAGGAAGCGAGCAUGGUUCGUCACGAGGCUGCCGAGGCGUUGGGCGGGCUAGGGGAGGAGGAGGGUGUCGAGGCCACGCUGAGAAAAUUCCUGGACGACAAGGAGCAAGUCGUGCGGGAGAGCUGCAUAGUCGCUCUCGAUAUGGCCGAGUACGAGAAGAGUGGCCAGACCGAGUAUGCGUUGAUUCCCGAGAUCGUAGCUUGAAUAUCUCGAGCAUCUCCAUGUCGCCCUUUUCCAGCUAAGCAGUCGGUUGCUGUGUAAUUCUAAGGAGUAUGUGUCGUCGUCGUUGAUAGGCGCGCACACCGGCGUUUCGGGUAUAUAAAAAGCAUUUGGUGGUCCUUGCGGCCUCGGGUUUAUCGUAGUAGUAUAUGCAGAGUCGUGCGCGGUUUCGGGACUUGGGGGGAUGCUCGUAUCCUAAACAGGCAUUGGGCAGAGGCCAUUGGCUUUGCAAUACACCAAGAUCAGUUGUUCUCAGCCCACCUACAGCGAAGUUGCGUGUUAGUAUUAGAAGAUGCAACCCUUGGCCGCCAACUGCACAAUCAACUCACCUGUUCCCGCAUUCGCA